AUAUAACUUAACAUAACGGGACAGACACGUCGCCUCUUUUUUUUCUCUAUUUCUCUGCAGAAAGCCAAAACACACCGCACUUUUUUUUACUCCCUCUACAUACCAAUCCAAUCCUUCCGUUGCUGUAUUUUUAGGGUUUUUGCUGCAAUCCCAUCUCUCUUUUCUGUAUGAUGUAAUGUAAUAUCAAUCCGAUUCUUGAAAAGUUCGUGUUUCUGGUGGCAUAUUUCCUUCCCAUCUGGGUUUUCUCUGUAAAUCACAAAGAGGCAAAGUAGAUAAGAAUCCCUAGGUUGAUCGAGUUGGGUUUUGCUUUUCUGGAUUGGGAUGUACAUUCUUUGAUGUAAAUUUUAUUUGGGUAAUGAGGAAGAAGAGAAAGGGUAGUGAAAUUUUAGGUUCCAAGAAAAAUGAAAUGUUUGAAGCUGUCCGUGAUCUGGAAUCGUCUCUGUCGAAUCUAAAGUUGCAUUAUUCGCUAGAAGAUUACUCAAGAUUGAAGAAAAAGUGCAAGGAAGAUGGUGUUCAUGAUGGUUUGGUGGGUAGUGAUGUUGUUAAGUCUUGCAAAAGUACCAGGCUCGCUGGUAUUGCUGCCACAGCACCGCCAUUAGGAUCCUCAUCUUUGGUAUCAUCGGGUCGGGGAAUUAAAAGGAAGAUUGGGUGUAUAGAGGCCAAAACUCAAAUGGGUAGAAGGAAGAAGAUUGAAGAUGAUUAUGUUUUAGGUGAGGCCAUUGGGAGAGGAAAAUUCGGAUCAGUUUCACUCUGCAGGAGUAAGGUUACCGGGGCUGAGUUUGCCUGUAAAACUUUAAAGAAAGGUGAGGAGACUGUUCACAGGGAGGUGGAAAUAAUGCAGCAUUUGUCAGGCCACUUCGGUGUGGUAACGUUGGAAGCUGUUUAUGAGGAGGAUGAAAACUUCCAUUUGGUUAUGGAAUUGUGUUCGGGUGGAAGAUUGAUUGAUCAGAUGGCCAAGAUCGGACGGUACUCUGAACAUCAGGCUGCUAAUAUAUUUAAGGACUUGAUGCUGGUAAUUAAGUAUUGCCAUGAAAUGGGUGUGGUGCAUAGGGACAUUAAGCCUGAGAAUAUUCUUUUAACUGCUUCUGGGAAAAUAAAGCUUGCAGAUUUUGGCUUGGCAAUGAGGAUUGCGGAUGGUCAGAGAUUAACUGGUUUGGCUGGAAGCCCGGCUUAUGUUGCACCUGAAGUCAUACUGGGGGAUUAUACUGAGAAAGCAGACAUAUGGAGUGCAGGUGUUUUCUUACAUGCUCUCUUGCUGGGUGUUCUCCCUUUUCAAGGUGAUUCGUUGGAAGCUGUAUUCGACGCUAUUAAGAAUCAAAAGCUUGAUUUCCAUUCAGAAAAUUGGGAAGCAGUGUCUAAACUUGCAAGGGACCUUCUAGAGCGCAUAUUUACGAGGGAUCCCAAAGCCAGGAUAAGUGCUGAUGAAGUACUAUGUCAUCCAUGGAUCUUGUUCUAUAAUGAGAGGACAUUGAAGACUGUGUCUAUCAAGUCGAAGCAGAGGCAUUAUUCAAGUGUAACAUCUACCCCACUGUCAGCCACAGCUCUGAGAUCACCACAAGAUGGAAACAAGAGAAGCUAUACAUCCCAGGUGGUUUCAAGUCCAUCUUCACCCUCUGAAAGUCUCCCCAACGAUUCAGCAGAGCAAGAGGAGUCAGAAUUGGUUGAUGCCCUUGCUGUAGCAAUUUCGCACGUGAGGAUUUCCGAACCUAAAAGGAGCAGGCUGUGUCUUUCCAACAGCCCGAUUCGGGAGCAGUGCUCCUCUAACAUGACAGCUAGCAAUCUCUGCAAAGCAUUUUGACUCUGAUGCACAUACACCUGACAAACCAAGCACCAACUAGGUUUGACUUCUAAAGAGUCCAAGGGGGUUCAACAUCUUACUUCUAUAACUUUACUACCUUGAGUUUUCUAAUAGCCUUUACUAGAUUGACGUUUAAUGUACUGUGAAGCUAACAAUCGUUACACGAUUAUGCAAUAAACGUGUAUUGUAGAUAAGAUGUAAAUAGAUGAAACUUGAAUGAGUAGUGUUCUGUGCAACAUUCAGGUUGCCUCCUUUGUUCUCACAUCUUAAUUAAUUUGGUUGAUCUAUUCUUAGUAUACCGACUCUCAUACUUUUAAUACUAUGGGUGUUGUGGAAGGACUGCACAUAUUAGGUUGUUUUAUAUCUAUAUCUAUGAGAUUUUUUUUUUCUUUUA